UCUUCCUCAUUUACGCUAAAGUGCUUUUCCCUAGCGAGCUCUGUGCUUCAAGGAGAUCUUUCGCUUAUUCUCUUUCCAGCUUCCAGCCACUGGAAAUGCCCGGCAGCAGCAAUUCCCUGCUGGAAUUGUCGCCUCGGAACUGGAAAGUUUCGGCAGGCGAAUAGUUAAGGGGAGGAGGAGAAGGAGGAGGAGGAGGAGGAAGAGGAGGAGGCAGGCUCCCAGUUCUCCCAGUUCUGCCGGGCUCAGCAGCCGCAGCUCGGGGGCACCGGGGGGAGGCUGGGGAGGGCACAGCAGCUCCUCCGCAAUAUUCCCGCAAUAUUCCCGCAAUAUCCCCGCAAUAUCCCCGCAAUAUUCCCGCAAUAUUCCGGCUCCCAGCCCUUCCCAGGCUGCCUGCAGAAGUUUCCCGGGAGCUGCAGGCGGAUUCCUGCGGGAUCCAAUGCUGAGCGCUGCAGGGAGCGGGAUGCAAACAUUCCCGAUUAAUGGUUAACCUGCUCCGGGAUAAGGGACACGGCUCUGCUGAAGGACAAUGACACCCUGCAAUUCUCUUUAUUAUUAUUAUUAUGCUGCCGUCUCCUGGCUAACUCUGGACGAGUGGCAUCCCUGUUCUCCUGCUUUCUGCACAGCAUCCAAAGGUUGACAAGGACUCGAUUUGCUGCAGCUUUUUGUUCAGAUGGAUGGAACGCUCCCAUCAAGGUUGUUUACCCAGUAAAUGGAUCCCUGAGGAGCUCAAAGGCAAAAACACUCUCCUGGGAGCUGAUUUCCUCAUGUUUUUCUUGGAGCUGCUGAAAGAACAUCCCAGGAAAAUGGACGAGCCCUCCACCUAACACAGAGCUCUCCUUUCGGGAAUGCUCAGUGGAAAAGAGGCACCAUUCCAGCAUGAAAUCCAGUGCUUACCAGUAAGGACCAAAGGAUAAAUACAUUCCUUCCCAACAGCCCAAUAACACCUUCAAAAGGAAUUUUGAUACCAAGUGCUUCAAGGAUAAAGACUUUAUGUAAUUGCUGCGGGAUUCAGGACUGCUGCGCUCUCAUUCCUCUGAGUGUUCAACAAGAUGAUCUGAAUGUUUCAUUGGACUAUGAUAAGAAGACAGGAUCUGGAAAUAAAAGAUGAACCCACUUCAUGCAAAGAAAUCAAAAUUUUUAGUGUGUGUUGCUGUCUGUAUGUUCAUCUACACCUUCAUCUACCUAAAGGUUCCACUUUAUGACGAGUCAAAUGACCAGAAAUUCCAUGUCAGAAGAGCAGAGUGUGGUUUUUACCCGGAUGAAAUUUGCUCAGCUCUUUUUGUGGGGAAACCUGCAGCCUCUAAAAUUGGAAACUUUUGUCAGAAGUCCUACCAGCCCAAAGCCCUCAGCUGCAUUCAGAGUUCCUGCAGCUGCUCCACAGUCCUGGAGACUCUGCAUUUUAUCACCAGACCGCUGUCAGAGGAAGAAGGAAAUUUCUCCUUGGCAUACAUUAUUACAAUUCACAAGGAGCUGGAAAUGUUUGUGAGGCUGCUAAGAGCUAUUUAUAUGCCUCAGAAUAUUUACUGCAUCCACAUUGAUGAAAAGUCACCCAGAGAUUAUAAAACUGCUGUACAGAACAUCGUUAACUGCUUUGAAAAUAUUUUUAUUUCCUCCAAAAGAGAACACGUUGUUUAUGCGGGGUUUUCAAGAUUACAAGCUGAUAUUAAUUGCAUGAGAGACCUCGUUAACUCCAAAGUUCAGUGGAAUUACGUUAUUAAUCUGUGUGGUCAAGAUUACCCCCUGAAAACAAAUAAAGAAAUCAUACAAUACAUAAAAAGUAAGUGGAAUGGGAAAAACAUCACUCCUGGGAUAGUGCAACCCCUUCAUGUGAAGCACAGGACAGAGGUCAGCUACAGGGAGUAUCUCCAUUCUGGAGUGCCCUACGUGUACCCAGCAAAGAUCAGGAAAGCUCAGCCUCCACAUAACCUCACCAUCUAUUUUGGCAGUGCCUAUUACAUCCUCACUAAGGACUUUGUGGAGUUCACGCUGAGCGAUGCCCGCGCCAAAGCUCUGCUGGAGUGGUCCAGGGACACCUACAGCCCUGAUGAGCACUACUGGGUCACCCUCAAUCGUUUACCUGAUGCUCCAGGGGCUACACCCAAUGCAGGCUGGCAAGGAGACCUAAGAGCCAUUAAAUGGAAAGAUCAAGAAGGACUCUCACACAAAGGCUGCAAUGGUCAUUAUGUCAGAGACAUCUGCAUUUACGGCCUGGGGGACCUGCAGUGGAUUAUUGAGUCCCCUCAUCUGUUUGCCAACAAGUUUGAGGCUGCUGGGAACCCGCUGGCGCUGGAGUGCCUGGAGAGGCGGCUGCGGCUCAAGGUGCUGCGCCAGGCUCAGGUGCCCAUCGAGCAGCACUGGCGCCUGCAGGAGCGCAGCCACUUCAACAUGCAGCUGGACGUGUGAGCUCAGCCCUCUCCUCGCAGAGCUGCAGCAUCCUCCCACAGAAAAACCACAUUUACAGCCAUGGGAUUCGCUCUGUGCAUCGAGGGGAAAGCACAAUCCUCUACUCCCUAAAUAAUCGGGUUGUAUUUAUUCCGGCAGCGAGGGGUUAAUUCCCAAAGAAUGUCUGAAUCUCUGCUGAAGACAAGGGGGGAAGUUCAUAAUCCAUUAAGUGACUUAUUUAGCUGGAAAAGUCAAUAUUCCUCAUGUUCACAGCCAAAGCAUGACUAACUGGCAUGAAAAUAAUAAAAUGGAAGCAGUGACUGAACAAAGAUAAAGUAUGAAGAAAUAACAAAUUAAAGUCAUGACCACUGAAUGUCUCAGGAAAUGUUUUGAAUAAUGAAGUUGAUGCUAAAAUUUCAGAGCUUGUACGUAAGUGACAAGCAGUUUGUGACACAGCUCAUGCCACUGGGGGAUGUGGGUUUGUUUUUAUUUCCCAGGGCCAGCUGCAUCCUUAAUUUCAUUUUGUAGCAUGGCAACAUCACUGCAGCCCUUCCCAGGCUUUGCUCCUAAUAACAGAAGGAUCCUGCAACACGUUUACCUCCAAGUCUCUGCUCUGAGUCUCUGCAGGAGUUUAGGGCAAGGAUAAAGGGAAAAUUUGAAGGCAGUUAUUACAGGAAAACUGAACAAAAACCCAUUUUUCAAACAUUUUUCUAUCCCAGUGUAGCUGACUGAGAGAAGCAAAGAGCCUGCAGCAAGUGCGGUAACACCUGGCAGGAAUCAGGAUGAUUCACUUGAUUAAAAACUGCAAAUUAUAAAUAAAAAUUAAAUAAAUAAUUUAAAAAAUAAAUUAAAAGGCGCAAUUUCAAUGUAAUCUUCAAUAUGCACCCAAAACAUCCCAUUUUUUUCAAGAAAACUGGCUACAGAUAGAGCCUAUUCCCAAAAAAAUCGAACCAACAACAGGACAUGAAAGUUUCUUGUUAACUUAUUCCCAGGUUGCUGGAACUUUACUCCUCAUUUUCCCACACAAGUUUAUUGGAAACAUCAUUUCUUGCAAAUGAACUUUCACCUAAAGAAAGGCCAUCUGGUCAUUAUUUAUUUACAAACUCAUCCCAAAUGCAUGUCCUCAGUUUCAUGGAUAAUCCAGGACUUAUCUUGUGGUUAAAUAUUGCUGGACAUACUUUUUUUUUUUUUUAUGGAGGGAAAUAAAGCUAAAAAAGAAAAGGAGAAUAAAAGCCAGGCACAUGUUCAUGCUGAGCUUGUUGAGAGUCUCUCUCCAAAACAUUACUGAAGCUAAUGGGUCUCUGGAAUGGAUUAAUCAUAGCAAUAUUCAUAAUUAAUUUCUCUCCAGUUUGCUGUCGGGCACUGCCAGCGUUUAUCCACUCCAUGAUGUCUUUUAGAACGGGAAUGGGACGCUCCUUAUUGCCAUCACUGCAAAAAAUCCAGUCUCCAGCCUUCACCCCUGGCACCACCACACAGAACCAUUGUGAAUCACUUCCAAAUUGAAUUAAAAUGAAAAAUCCAAUAGCCAGGCACUACACAUCAUGGACUCCUUUCUCAGAAAUUGAACCAGGCCAAAAACCUGCACAAAAAGGCCUCUGAAAAUACAGUUUUGGUAUGACUUGACCCAUGUCAACUUUGCAUCCUUUAAAGGAUUUUGUAUUUGAAAGGAAAUUUUAGGAAAAUCAUCACUAAACCAUUCUGAAGUAGUAAGAAAUAACAUUCAAUUCAUUAUUGUGAUUACCAUGACCACAUCAUCUCCUUGAAACACCCAUGAAAAGCCUUCAUGGAUUCUGUGUUAUUACGUUAACAGCUGAUCAAUCACAAGUUUCAGACCUUAGUAAAUAUUUGUUAAUUUUGGUGUCCUAAGAGCAGAAAGGGCCAAAGUCACCCUGGUUCCAGGAACCACUGCUGCACACAGAGCUCUGGAUCUGACUGCCACAGGCAUGAAUUCUGUUCCAAAAAGCUUCAUAUCUAAAUUAAACAUGGGGUUGUGUUUGAUAUGGCACAGAGCUUAAUAGUUAGGGCACUGCUUCAAGUCUGUGUUUAGUUGACUCUGAAAACAAGUCCAAAUCAAACUUUGAAGUGAUCCAAGAAAGUACAUUUUAAAUGUAAUCUUGUCCUUAACUUUCAAAGUGACUCCCAGAAGGGCUUCCAGCACCAAUUCCAUAACAUCUCCACGCCACUUCUAGCAUAUUCAGAGAGUCAGCUCCCAAAUUAAAGCAUCAUUUCUGUCAAAUAGCAGACUUCAAUUAGCAGACACCAAAAACUGCCCAUACAAGAACCUGCAAGCCAGUUGGAAUAGAAAUUCCAAGAUACUCGGGCACACCAAAAUGCACAGACCUACACAGCUCCCCACAGACUUGGAACCUCCAACAUCCCACGGGAUACACAAACAGGGAGAAGAGACAGUCUUGCUUGUUCUUUUAAUUUUAGGCUGUUGGAGAAUUAAACACCUUGCUCCAAAGUGCAAGUUUUAAACUCACAGAUUCCAUCACAGGUAAUUCCUCCUGAGGAACAGGAGGCAGCAGAGCUGCUGCUACAGAUUCCUCAUCUGGAAUAAGCGAAGUUAUUUCUCUGCCUGCUGACUGAAAUGUGACUAAGUCACAUUUUAGCAUGUGACAGUGUUGAGAGUUUAAAUUUUCCCUUCUUACUGAUCAAAAUUUGGCUCAAGCCAAAUCCAUUUCUGUGGAAGAAUGCAUUACAAGAUGCAUUUGCACUCCUAAGUUGCUGUUUCAGACAAAAGCUCUUUUCCAACUCUUUUAAGUCUAAGUAGAAGCUACAAAAUUUGUCCCCAGCACUUCAUCUGCCAAGCCUGCUCUCCAACUUAAACCAGCACUAAAAAAUUCUCACUGCUCUUUCAACAAAUCUUUGAAAGCCAAGAAGUUUUACAUUUUAGCAAGACAGUUGAAAGCAUUUACCCUGCAGGCAGUGAGAGAAUCUGUCUCUUGAAAUGCUGCUCCAGUGGCUGACUGGUCCCUUGGAUAAAAUUCUAUAUAACAUAUUCUAAAUAACAUUCAUUUGAACGUUAUUCUUUAAAGUGAACCCUUCAAAGUGCUACUUAAGAUGUGAAGAAAGAACAGCUUAUUUUCAAGGUAAAGCACUAAAAGAAUGGCCUGACACACUAAUUACAGUUGCUAAUGGCCCCCCACCCCUGACAGAGCCUCUCCCAUUCCUGUGCCUUUCCCGGUACCAAUCCAGUCUGACUAUUCCAGGAAAGCAGGUAAGUGCAUGUAUUUUAUACUGUCAGCUCUUCAUCUGAAGUUUCUUUGAGGCAAAAGAAAGAACUCUGAGAGGAAGUUUGGUUCCUCUUCCCUAGACCCCUUCAAACCCAGGACUUUGGUAAGUGCUGUCAAGAAAAACCAAGGAAUGCUCAAUCCUUCAUCAUCCUGGUGUUUCCCACUUCCCUGAAUCAGACAGAACCUGCACAUGCAUCCUGGUUUUUCCUAAACACUUCUUUGGUGACCUGCACACCACUGGGCAAAUGGAUUUCUCUGUUUCUUGUGGGAGCUGCCACAGUAAAAACUGAGCUCAGAACUGAGCAGUGAGAGGUCUGGAUAUUCCCUGGGGAGUAUUUUCAGUGCAUCAUUACAGCAUCUCUUUCCAAAUUCCUGUGGGAAAUCACUGCUGGGCACAGGGAGCAGAGUGGGGAAGCUGCUCUGGGGGCUCACACACCCAGGACAGAGCUCUCCUGAAUCCCACGUUUGUGGGGAUGGGAAUGGCCCAGAGCUCCAGCACUGACAUUUCUCCACUUUUGCAGCCACUGCAGAGCUCUGGGAUGAGGUGAAACCACAGAUUCUGCUGGCUGAGAACUGAAGAGCCCCAAGACAAGAUGGGAUCAUCCUUUGUGAACCUUCCUCAUGUCACUCUGCAAAGUCACACAGCACACACAGGUGGGAUGGCACAGGCCAAACACAAAAGGUGACAAGGUCAGGAAAAUGCUGUGGCUCACGGGGGUCUCACAGAGUGGAUUUUCCUUCAAAAUUAUUGCAAUUCCUAAAACACAAUAAUUAGCACCAGCAGAAACACGUUUGAGACAGCCCACAACAUUCAAAUGUUCUGUACUUCGACAUUUUUUGCAUUAGCAAAAUUAGAGGAUUCUAUUCAUUAAUAAAAGAUUCCAAUCUGAGCAUAGGCAAUG